AAGGAUGCACUGCCAUACUCUUUUUGGGAGCUCAUAGAAGUGGCGCUCAAGAACAAGCAAGUGCUGGGGCCUCAGCUGGAGAGCGCAGUGUCCCGUGCAUGCAAAGAUGCCAAGAAUGGCACCUAUUUGGGCUGCACUCUACGCUUUUUCUUGGAGAAGCAUGGGUGGCCAAUGGACCACAAGGAGACAAAAUAGUAUGUGUCACAUAUUUUUUGCAGCUUCAGGCUAGCUGCCCUUUUUUUUUACUGUACUUGCUCAGUACCUUGAAGUACUAUAACAAUCUAUAGCAAACUAUAGCAGAUAGUGGAGACAGCACAUUAUUGGUAUCGUUUACGUGUCCUGAUCAGGACUUGUGAUGUCAGUCCUUCUCAUGACGGACACUGUAUGUGUUGACUAUAUCUGGGUAAAUUAUAAAUCCUGUCAUGCACGGUCAAGAGUGUUAUAUACUCUUGAGUGUAUCCCCAUUCUCAGCACUGAUGCUGCAAAUGAAAUCGCGCUUACGCGAUACGACCGAGCCUUUCGGAAAGUGAGGAAUGCAGACAUCAAAGCAGAGCCAGCGUAAGGGCAGAGGGCGGUCUCGCCGUGUAAAUGCAAGUUACAUGU